CUCGGAGAAAGCUAGGGUUAACCAGAAAUCAGAAGUUGGGGCUUUCGUUCCUGAGUUCAAAAAUGCCUCGUUAUGAUGAUAGAUAUGGCAAUACGCGCCUUUACGUUGGUCACUUGUCUUCAAGGACGCGAUCGCGUGAUUUGGAGCAUGUCUUCAGCAGAUAUGGAAGGUUUCUGGGCUUUUGCCUGGCCUGGAGGUCAAUGGUGAGAGGGUGCCCUUGGUGGAAUUGGUGGAAAUUCUUGCCGAGUGUUAGGAGACUCUGACGAUUCUUUCUGUAAUGUUUAUGCGUGUUGUUGUGGAAUUGGCAACAAUCUCAAACUGGUGUUUAGUUCGUUUUGUGAGGCGAUAUGUCAUGCACUUCCAGUACUUAAGUAAUGAUGGCCUUAUUGUUUCUGGCAACCGUUUCCGCAGAGUACGAGAUGUGGAUAUGAAGCGCGACUAUGCCUUUGUUGAAUUUAGUGAUCCUCGUGAUGCUGAUGACGCAAGAUAUAGCUUAAAUGGUCGAGAUUUCGAUGGAAGUCGUAUUAUUGUGGAAUUUGCAAAGGGAGAGCCACGUGGAGCUGGUGGUUCUCGAGAAUAUCUGGGCAAGGGUCCUGCUCCUGGGUCUGGACGGUGCUUCAAUUGCGGCAUUGAUGGUCAUUGGGCCCGAGAUUGCAAAGCCGGGGACUGGAAGAACAAGUGUUAUCGAUGUGGAGAAAGAGGUCAUAUAGAAAGAAACUGCCAGAACAGUCCCAAGAAGCUCAGUCGACGUGAUCGGAGUUACUCACGGUCACCAGUGAGAUCACGUUCUCCUCACCGCAGAAGGAGCCAUAGUCGAGGUUAUAGCCGAAGUCGUAGCUACAGUCGAUCGAGAUCCCCUCCAAGGAGGGAGAAAAUUAUUGAGCGUGAAGAGAAGAGAUCAAGGAGCCUUCGCUACAGUAGAAGCCCCAAGCAGGACAAGGGUUCUCCACCCCCCUCCAAGUCAAGGAAGCGCAGUCCAACACCUGAUGAUGGUAGCCCAAUGGAGAGAGAGAGCCCUAUUAUUAAGAAAGAGAGACAGGUAAGCGAGCAGGACGAUUCAGUCCACAGUCAGAGCCCUAGGGGGAAGGACAGAAGUUCUGUGAGCCCUGAAAGGGAUAGCCCUGCUGGUAGGACGUCUGAUAGCCCUUAUGAGGCUAAUGGUCAAAGCCGCAGCCCUAGUCCUAGACAUGACAGGAGCCCCAUUGAUGACAGGAGCCCUCUUGUUGAUGAGGAUAAUCGUCUCACCCCUAGAGGCAGCGAAUCCCCUUAAAUGGUUUGAAUUGGUGAGGUCUCUGUUCAAAUUUGGCAUAUACAACGAAUCCAUUAGCGUGUCCUAUUUUUCCUAAGUAUAUCAUUGCUGGACUUUGUUUAGACAUGAUAAAAUACUUUUGAUUUCAGAAGAGUGAGCAUGAGUUUGAAUUGUACGCUGAGAAAUUGUCCUCUAGUUCUUCUUAUAUUGAUCUUCGUUUAGUUUCUAUAUCGUUUGCCUAUAGUGUCCUCGUGCUCAAUUUACUCGUGGUUGCAGUGAUACAUAGGUGCAAGAAGUCUUGGCAGUUGAUUGAAUUUGUACUGUGGCAGCUUAUAAUUUUGGGUAAUGAGUUGAAUGAAGGAUGAUACUUUCAUAAGGAGUGGAAGCAUAUGUCAAUGUGAUUGGGAAUUGCUUCUCACCAGUUUCUCUCAUGAAUCAUGAUAGUUAACUGGAGGAUGAGAAUUAGCAAGUCACUAGGGGAGUUCAUAGCUUGUCUGACCAUAGAUACUCGAUUGUGCCUUUGUUGGAAUUGGCAGUGCAUGAUGUGUGUUACUCAUUAGUUAAUGGGGAUACGGAUUUUUUUAAUAGUUUUUUGUCAAUUUUUGUUUAAUGAAAGAUUAUUCGUCGUGUAUUAUUGGGACAACCACUAUGUAGGGUGGGUCCGACUUUGGGUUGAGAGAAUUAGGUAUUUUAAUCAGCUAGUGAAAAUAAAGGAGAACAAAAACUAUGAGGGGCCUUUGGGUGGAAAAUUCUAAGCUUA